CCACAUGGCCAGUUCGUGUUAUCAAUGACUAUCUGACGUCAUCAAUGCGACCUAGUGUUACACUAGAUCAACAAAUGUUUGUACUAGUGUCAUUGAGAGGCCGUGAAGGAAGACCGAAAAUUGUCAGCUGUUGAUUGGUAAACAAAUGCUUUACUUAUCUAUAUAUAUAGCUAAACAUCAAACUCAUAAGCCUUAAAAUGCGACUGAAACAAGUUAAAAUAUGUUGAAGUUUCUUAUUAAAAGUUAGAGAAUUAUUUCAAUAGGAACAAAAAUGUCGUUUAUCUAUUUUGUUCAAUUGUCGUAUAUGUCGUUGCACUCUUCAAGAACUUUGUUGCACUGCAUGUUUUGUCCGCUGUGCCAUUCUUGGAUCAACCGUUAACGUACUUAAGCUUCAUGCUGUUAUAUAAUCUACCAUCCAAAGGUUCUUAACAUUUUGAACCAUCAUUUUGAACCCCUAGUCGAGGAAUGUCGUCAAAAUAUAAAGAUUAAAUAUACACUAAGCUCAACGUUACAAAAGUGACAUUAAAAGAGCUUCUAAAACAAUAAGAAAGAUAAUUACAGAAGCAGUACGGCUGCGAGUUUUUAAAGCACAAAGAUCUGUACCGUAAAAUCCUCGAACAAGCCCCCAAUCUCUGUUAUAAAAAGAUCUGUAACGGUACAAACAACAUCAACAAGAAAUACUACAAAAACGCAACUAGAUUUGUUUUAUUAGAGGUGACAAGCAUUUUUUCGGAAUGUUAAUCCAUAGUUGUUUGCUAUUGGUUUUGGUCAUCGGGCUUUUGAACUUGAACAUAGAAGGAUAUUUUGAAUAAUAUAAGAGAGACAUUAAUUUUAUUUUCUACAAGAGUUUGUUAUUCUAAAAUCAUUUGAGAACGUCAUAAAAAUAACGAAGACCUGUUACGUAGGUGGGACCGAGUAUGACGUUUGGCGUCGGAAACAUUCCAAGUUUAGGGGGGCAAAGGUAGGAAAGGAUACCAUGUUGCAGAAAUAAGGGUGCUUUAUCAAAGAGCUUACUUCUUGAAAAAAAUCAUUUUCCCAAAAGUUUGGGUGCACUUGCCCCUUGUGCAACCCCUGUUUUAACGUUCCUGGUUUUGAGUUACAAAUUAUUCUGUAGAUGUAGGCCAAAAUCAUUCAAAAAAGCACUUGAAAUCGAGAUCGAGAAUACAAGGGGCAAUUCACUCUUGCAAAUAGCGUACGGGAUUUUCCUUAAAACAAAAGGAUUUCCGAGAAUUUUUAGAGAAAUCAAUAGGAUUUCCAUCAAAGGUGUACGAGAUUUUCUUGGAGUGAUUUGCCCCUCGGAGGAAAACGUAGCAAAGUUCUUAAUGACCUGAAACAGGCUUAACAGCUGUAUUUGUAUAGACGUGAAGACAAAAGUGAUUUUACACAUAAAUACCAACUUUGUGAACAUGAUAUGCCACGAAGAUCGCGAUGGAUAGUUGGUGGAUGGUGUUAUUUUACGGCCUAACGGUUGGGGCUAAGGUUUUGAAAUCUGGGAAUGGCCCACUUCAAUCUAUAGAAGGGUUCACCUUUGCACAAUACGAUGUCCGAUGUGGAGGAGUGGUGAUACUGCAGUGUGUCACAAAACAUCACGUCACAAAAUUCUCGUUUACUCCAGGCGAUAGUCAUAGUACAACGAAGGAAUUUCAUUUUGCCACGAAUCCGACCCGUAUUUCUCAAAGAUACAUCAUAUUUAAAGAGACCUUUUCGACACUUUUCAAUGUCUACAGUUUAAGAAUUGACCUUGUCAGUAUUGUAGAAAACAGCAGUUUUUGGUGCUACACUUCAGAUGGGAAAAAAUUCGAGACUCAAGUGAAAGUAACGGGAACUAAAUGCCACAGAGUUCAGGUAUCUUUUAGCCAGAUGGAUUAUGUCUUCAAGAAAGGAACCAGUGCGCAGUUGUCUUGUAUUCGUCCAAAUCAUCAAAGAUUUCAUUCGUUCAGUUUUCGUAAAGAUUCAUUUGGAAAAUCGUCAGUCAUCAUGCAAGGCGUGCAAGGCUACCACUUUACUGACAAAUACAAAAUAUACGAGGAGCUCACUGUUAACUACACACUUCUCAAUUUCUUUAUGUCCGAUGAAUCGAAAGUUGGCUUGUACUACUGCAAUGCGGAUGAUGACGUCACAGUUACAAAAGUAUCUAUGGCAUGUCAAGUAUUAGACAAGUCGUUGAAGACCAUUGCUUUGAACCAAGGAGAAAUUGGGCACUUGAGAGUCAGAUGGAGGGGAAGUUUGGUACAGCGUGCAAUUUUGAGUUCUUGGUACAAGCUAGAAAAGUCUGCAGAUUUAUCGACAUGGCAGUAUGCAAAAAAGUCUGAACUUGCUUCCAGAUAUGGAUCGUCUUUCUUUGCUGUCUCAGACAGAAAGUACCUGAUAGAAGAUGACGGAACCCUUAUCAUAAGAGACGUAAAUCAGAAUGACGCUGGUUUUUAUAAAUUCAAACUCAUGUGUGGUUUAUUUGGUGAAACUGAAAUCUUAGUCAGAGUGAUUGUAAUGAACUAAAGGAAUGAGAAGUGGCAUGUUUUUUGUUUGUUUGAAAAACUUUAAGAAAUGGAAAGAAAUAUUGUUUCUUUUUGCUCGCAAGGGAUAGCAUUGCUGGAAGGGAAAACGAAAUAUCCUGCAUCUUCCAUUUUAGUGGGGUCAGGAAGAAAAAGAUAAUAAUAAACACGCCCGUUUUAGAGAAAUGUUAUCAGGAGUUAUAAAGAAACGCUUUGAAAAAGUGCAAGGUAGACUUACUAUGCUCUCAUAAUUCUUUCUACUGUGCAAAUGCUUUUAAACAAAAAUAUAUUCCGUUAUACCUACAACAAUUCAACUCUAUAUGAUUACACAGCCUUAAUGAUUACACAGGACAGCACAGGGGAUGGUAUACCGCCGUUUAAUAAAUCCGAUUACAUGCAAUUGAUUAGUUGCCUUAUUUUUUCUAGCAAGUUUUUCUGUACAAGUGUUAUUUGUCCGUGUAGAAUUGGCCAAAUUGUGAAAAUAUGGCAAUUUUUCAUUUGACAAUUUCAAAUAUUCAAACUCUUAGCAUAAAAUGGCAGGGAAAGCAUAGAAAGAUUGAAGGACCCUUACCGUAAUGGUUUCCUGGAAUUUUCGAAUUUCCGUUAUUUAGGAAAUAUCACAAUAUUUUGCCUUUCCUGUCGAGGAAGGAGAGAUAUAUAUAGAAAGGGAUCCCCUCGUUACCCUUAACGACAUACAGUGUAUGCGUAGAAUACAGUGCUUUCUUCCCAAAAUUUGCAGAAAUCUCUCAUGUCCCGUAUGUGACCCUGCUCGGUGCCCAAAAAACUUUCGUCUAUUAAAUUUAAUUGUAUCAGAACCAUUCUCAAUUGUUUUAUGUACUAAAAGAUUUAAAUUGCUGAUUGGAACAGUUUAUGAUUAAUACUUUUAUAUUAUAAUUACUUAUAAUUUUACAAUGUGCUGACAAAUCAACAUUUGUAUGACUCUUGCUGAUAAAUCAACAUUGGCGGGAAAAACAUUGUUGAUUGUAAUUGAAUUGAAUAGAAAUCAAUCCGAGAUCAGCAAUACAGUGUGUGAGCAAGAUGGCGGAUGAAAACGGUGAUGAAUCUCCUGAUGAAGGUUAUGUAUUUGUGUUUGACAGAAGAAAUGUGGACGGAAAGUCGGUCAAAAUACCACUUGGGGGACUUUUUGAUUAUUCUUUGUUUAAAACACGAGUUCUGGAGGAGUUUGAAAUUGGGGAAGAUGAGGAUUUUGUUGUUGUGAGUACCAGCAGAAUACCCAUAUUGGAUGAUUUGUCAUAUGAGGAGAUGAUUGAAAGUGGGGACACAUUGUAUUUGCUUAAUGAUGCCAAGCAAGAACUCCUGGCCCCUGUGCAAGAGCACAUUGAGUAUCUACCUCACUAUGACACUCUUGUUAAAAGUGGAAUGUAUGAAUACUAUGCCAGUGCUGGACAGAGCCCACUACCAUUUGCUAUUGCUGAGCUGAUUGACAACGCACUUGCUGCAACAGUUAGUAAUGAUGGCCCAAGAGAAAUCAAAGUUUUCUUGUGUUUUGAAAAUACGCCAGGUGACAAUUUGAUAUGCGUUAGUGACAAUGGCCGAGGGAUGACACCUAAAGAUCUCAACAACUGGGCCAUUUAUCGACUAUCAAAGUUCAACAGACAGAUGCAAGCAGGCAAAACUAGUCCGAUGAAAAAGAAGAUACGUGACGAGCCCCGUUCUUUGAACAGCGAUAUAAGUUACUUUGGGGUUGGAGGAAAGCAAGCCAUCUUUUUCAUCGGCAAUGCAACAAGAGUGAUCACAAAGACUAAAGGAUCGAAUGAUGUUCACGAGCUUUCUCUCUCAAAGGCUGAUUUUGAAAGAAAGGCCAAACUGAAAGAACCAAUUUACGCAGGCUUUAUAAACAAUCGCAGGAUCGGUGACUGCUCUCAUAUUCCGCAAAACUGCAAAACCGAGCGUGAAUUCGUCGAGAGCGAAAAAAACAAGAACAGUUUUACAAAUAUAAUCAUUGAUGGUAUCGAGAUGGAGACAGUGAAAUUCUUGAGGCAGAAUUUCAAAUGUCUCUGUAAACAGCUGAGCCACAUAUACCAUUAUUACCUUCACGGACCAAUGGGCAAAGUUCCAAAAAGAAAUGCUGGAGUCCGAAUCGAAAGUCCUUUCAAAAACAUUGAUAUCAAGGUGAUUCUUCGCGAAAAGGGGUCUACGUCUCACCAGGUUUCUCUGAGUGAUAUUGAAGAUGAUCUAGAGUCGUUGAUAGUAGAUUCAGCGGCAAGCCAUUUCGAAUUCAACGCCCACGUGCAAGAAGUUGGUAAAGUGGAAGGGGUCUUAAGGUACCAUCCCUUUUUAUACGACAAGGAAACCUUUCCUCACAGUCCAAAUGUCCAGUUUACAGGGGAUCAAACUGGAGGUGAUGUUGAGGAGGAGCUUAGGAUAGACAGUCGUAGCCCACGAGGGGACAAGCCAAUUUUCGAAUGUUUUUGGAACGGAAGAUUGAUUCCAUACACCACCAUCGAUUAUCUAGAUUGGUGUGCUCCACUGAAGAAGAGGUCUCUUGUUCCGACUGAAUGUUAUUACAGGGUAUCGGGAGCUCUGUUCACCAAUGAUUCAUUCCAAGUGAGUACAAACAAGUUGACUUUCAUGGAUCUGGAGGUGAAGCUAAGGGAUCGCAGUACCGUUUUCAGCAAGGUUGUCAUGGGACAGGAACAGAGAGUAAACAUUGGCAGAGCUUUCAACGAAUGGGUUAAAAAUUGUCAUGAAGUCUGUGACAAACAAAUAAAAUUUUUUGGGCUUGAUGGCAAUAUAAAACGAACUAACCCUGGUCAGAAGCGGAGUCAAGGAAUAUGGUCAGUUUACAGAGGCGUCGAAUGGGACGGGAAGGUAUUCAAGGUCGGCCAACUGGUACGAACGACUAGAACCGUGCCAAUUGUUGUUGGUAAACUAAAGCGAUUUCUCCUUGCUGGAAUAUAUGAUGAAGAUGAAGUUUUUGCGACAGGCGGUCAAAUGGAAAUCACACAGGAACCUGAAUCUAUAUUUGGUGAACUCAAAGUUUUCCCGUUAGCCAAGCUUGAUAGAGCUCCUUCUAUUUCAAGUCUAAAAGAGUUUGUUCAAGCUGAGGAACUCAGGCUUCCUGCCUCACUUUCUGUUGAGUGGCCUGAAGGAAACAAGGUCAGCGAAGACGACAAAGUGAGCGCUGGCUCAACUAUCGGGCCACUCAGAGUUGACAUUCUCAAUGGUAGAGGAGAAUCAGUGAGUUCUAUGCCUGGAGAUCGUCUUAGGAAGUUGCUCGUUGAGCUCAAAAUUGUACAGCUUUCCGAGACCAAAGGUGAAAAGACACUCGUGCAACACACCUGCUCACACGGAGGAAAAAGUUGGCCCUAUUGGUUUCACAAAAUGGAGAACUUAAAAGAUGUUGGCUAUCAUGUUAUCCAGCUUCGUACACAGUUAUCCGAUAAUACUUCGACGCAGAUAAAGUCACUCCCGUCCUUGGAUAUCAAGUUUUCUAUAAUAGAAGCGCAACCAGAUAAGUUCACUGUUGGCUUGCUGGAGACGCCAUUGAGGAUUGGGUUACCGUUUCAGAUCCCAUUACAACUACAAGAUAAAUUUGGAAAUGUUGUCAAACCAAGCCAAAACUUUGGUGAACCGAUUUUAACAUCAAGUGGUAUGAACUUCACUUCAAGCGGGACUUGUUCCCGAGGUACUUCCCUUGUUAUCAGAGAUGUCGUUGCUAUGGGAGCAAUACCGUCAACUGGAGGGAAGGAUUUCAACCUGAUGAUUCGUUUUUCUGGUCUGAAGGGAAAAUCCCAAUCAAUACGAAUUCGGUUGCUACCUGGUCUACCAAGUCUAAUCGAGGUAACUGAAGGUCAAAUUGUUGUGGAAAACGGUGAAAAAUUCCAGUUAGAUGUUGCUGUGAAAGACAUAGCCGGGAAUUUGACGUCACAGCCAAGAAUGAAUGUCUGUUGCAAGCUGUAUGGAAUUCCAAACCUCCCUGUGAUUAUAUGCGACUGCAGCUCAACAGGGAAAGGUACCUUGACCAGCCCACAAUUAAAAGUCAAACAAACGGACAGUCAACAGAAAAUUAUUGCCAGGAUCGACAUGCAGCAUUAUAGAAACGUUUCGAUGACCAGCCGAGAGAUCGUUGUUAAACCAAGUACCAAAGCCUCGAGGUUCGAUGUUUUUUACACUCCGCCAGGAAGUGAGAAACAAGUGAAGAUUGAAAACAACCAAGAGAUUCAAUGUUGUGCUGGAGAUGUUGUUCAAGGCCUUUCGUUCAUACUGUUUGACGAAGGCAAUCGGCAGCUAAGCAUUGAUUCAAACGUGACCUCAAAAUUAAAGGUGAACUGGGUUGGGAGACUGAACAAAGAAGAAGUUAAGCGAGGCAGACUCCCAAAUAUUAAGGCCCCUACUGCAGUCGAUGACAUCAAAUAUUGUCAAGUGUCCUUCAGCGUUGGUGAUAACACCGUAGAGCAUGUUUUCCAUUUAAAAUCAACCCAUGCUGCCCCAUCGACACUGAAGUCUUCCUGCGCCAAUGUGAAGUUCAAAAUGUACGAAAAAUUAUCAGCAGACAUCGUAGUCUCUCUUUAUGAUGUUUACGGAAAUAUGAUUAAACUGGAUCCUAAAGAUUUUACAGAUUUCUCUGUAUCUGGCGAAGGACUCAUGCAUUCAUUCGUGUCUUUCAUCUCACAGGGAUUUUUCAACAUAAGAAAUGUCAGCUUUGAAGCUGGUAUGCCAGGUCCCCGAGAAGUCACCAUCAAAAUGAAAGAGAUUGUAUGCUACCAAAGGCUUGAAAUGCUGCCAGGUGCUGCAUCAAAUUUAGUUCUCGUCGAUUUGGACAAUGAAGAGCCUGUAGAAAUAUUGAAUGGCAGUGAAUUUCCUAAGCCAUUGACAAUUCAGCUGAUAGAUUCUGCUGGUAACUUGGCCAAAGAGAAGAACGUGAAAUGUUUGUUAGCCAGGGAUUCCGGAAUCAAACUAACUCCUCCGCCACCACAACAAAGAACUGAUGCCAAUGGACAAGCUACUUUCAACCAGUUUUCGAUCAGUGCUGAACGGGGUUUGUAUCAGUUAGUUCCCAAAGCCAUGUUGCCUUCAGGAACAAAGGAAGGACCGGUUGUGCUCGUUAGCGUUGCACCUGAUCGAAAUAAGCCGGUUCAUGUGGUUGCAAAAUUUGAUGAAACUGCUGCUUUCAUUGCCGGAGAAAAAUUUCCAGUUGUUGAAGCCUACGUAAUCGCUGAAGAUCAGAACCCGUUGACUACGAUCAAGAAGAAAGAUCUUGUCCUGAAAAUCUUUAGCAGUAAAAGCGGAAAGUCAUCUGAUUCCAUGUCAAAUGCUCCAGUUUUCACCUGCACAUCUGGUUCUUUGAACAGCCCAAAGAACCAUUUCUUCUUCAGAGAGAUUGUCUGCCCAGAAAAAGCUGGCCAAUACAAUUUGGUUGUCCAGUAUAUCGUUGACAAUACGGUAAUACUUGCUUCUAGAAAGUUCACAAUCACUGUGAAUCCAAAUGAGGCAGUGAAAUUGGUUCCAGUUUCUGUCCCUGCGACGCCAACUGUCACAAAUAACAGCAAAUCAGCUAGCAGGCAGUUGGUGAGGAAACUCAAGUUCCAGCUCAAGGAUAAAUUUGGUAACACUGCCGGUACAGAGAUAAAGGGACAUCUGAAAGUGAAUGUCGAGGCUGGAGACAAGGAACAGGUGCCGAUGUUACAAAAUGGAGAAACGAGUGCCUCAUUUCAGUUAGAAAAGGGAAGUUCUAGCAUUGAAUCGUUAUUGCUUCAAUCUGGUUCGAAAGGUGUCGAUGGGAAAGAAUAUGUGCUGUCUUUUGAGGCUGUGCUUGGCGAUUCAGAGAUAACCAAAAUAGAGCCAUUUAAAUUGUCAUUUCUUUUCUAUGAUGAUGUUGCAAAACAAGCAGAAAUGGCCGAGAUCACCAAGGACAGAGAUCGACUCACUGAAAGUAUUGAUGCAUACCGAUUUCUUUUUGAUGCUUUGUCGCAACUUUACAAAGAGAUACAAGCUGCGUUGCGAGAAGCUACUGCGGAGGAGAGAAACUUGAAAAAUGAACUUCGAGUGAAAAAUUUCAACAACGUGAAUUCGCUGAAAACAUACUCUCAGUAUAUAUUUUUUUCGGAACAGAAAGAAGAGGUAUCGAAUGCACUUGCGCUCACGAGACAAAAGAAAGUGGAUUUAGAGGCAAUGCCGAGGAGGCAGUGUCGUCUUCCCCGUGGCCCAAGCGAUAAGGAUGUGAUUGGCAAGGUAGCCCAUUUGGCUGAGCUUCGCGAUGACGAUGUUGCCCGAGUUUUGUCCUGGCAUUUAGCUUCUGACAUGGAUUGCGUCAUAACAGUCACUCUUGAGCAGGCCAAACGGAUUCAUAAAGACUCUCGAGGGCGUCAACAAGUGUUACCGUUGGAGUCCAUCUACAAGAAAGGGUUGUCCGACUGGAAAAAGCCACUACCGCAUAUUCGCUACCCGGGUAUUAAAAGCUCCGGAUCCGUGGUCUACGCCCGGGAUUUACUAAAUUUCCCUGAACAUCAAGAGCAUUGCAAGACAGUGUUUAUAAUGCUUCUUGGAGAUACAAUAAUAGCAGACAACCUCGAUGCUGCUAACAAAUAUCGGCAGGAGGUUGUGAAAUAUACGUACUGUCCUACAAUACUCACCAGAACAGGAGAUAGGAUCCGCAGCAAUGGAAAAUUCGGGGGUCUGCAGAACAGAGCACCUCCGUUGGAGAGGCUUAGUGGUGUUGUGUUUGCAAGUCCACUGCCGUCUGAUUACCACGACGUCUGUGCGCAACUAGAUCUUCUGUCAUCUUUGGAGGCUGCAGCAGGCAAAGUUGAGGGGAAGAAAAUGGAACUGCAGGCUCAUAUCGAACAUUGUAACUCGGAAAAGGUACAAAAGGACUAUCAGGAAUGUCUGGAAGCCGAAAAUCAAUUACAAAGCAUCGAAAAAAGACUUGGACUGACUCCAAGAGUAGGCCGCCUUCCACCAAGUCUGUCCGAAUUCCUAAGGAGAAAUGGGGCAAACUGUGAUGACUAUAGAAGCGCUAAUAAGCGUGCAUCUGUAGCUGACGUCAUAAAUGAGGGCCCAUCACCAAGCAAAAGAGGGCGCACGACUCCUGGGCCACAACAUAACGCAAAGAAAUCUUUCGGUCAGAAGCGAAGGUGACACCUUAAUAAGAGCGUUAGGAAAACUCUGAAAACAUCUUUGCCUAACCUCUUCAGUAGUUACAUUAUGCUACUAACCAUCUUCGAAUGGCUGGGUCUUUACACGAAAUUGUGAUAUCAGGCAUUGUCCAGUUUAGAAGUACGGGUUAUUAUUACAACAAUUAAAGGAGAAAUCAUAUGCUGGAAAAACUAUAAAGAAGAAUGUUUACAAAUCAACACUGCAAAAACCACAAGUUUUUUCCGCAUCGAUGACUUUUCUUCGCCGAUCUUUAUACAACUUUUUUCUAGUACAAUAAAAUUUCAAACAAAAAAGCUUAUUGGAAGACAAACUGCAGUUAAUCCUUCCAAAGAAUAAUUCAAAAAUGAAGGAACUACAGUCAUUCUGCUGUAAAACAACGUCUGUUUAAGAACCCAGUUCAGCCAGAUAAAAUAUAUAUUUUCUUUAUUUUAUCCAUUGCCCUUGAACCAUUUUCAGUAACCGCUGACCCAAAUAAUUGGCCUAGGUCAACAUCAGAAUACAUGUAUUAGGCAAGAACAUGGUGUAAGAAUCUUGUGCCCUGCAAUUCCCACAUGCACCUCUAAAACCAAGACCGCAAGACCAAAAACUGGCUGAAUCUGGAAAGAAUUUGUUCUCCUUAGGCAGGGAUUUUCUGUAUUUAAUGAAAGUGGACUUUUUCAAGGGUUCCAGUAUUUAAUUUAUCUCCAUAGAAGAAAAUGUUACCAAAUAGCUCAAUAGUUAUAGGAUUAUUUAAGCAUGUUAAUUUGAUUUUAAAGGGUUUAAAACAAUUAAUGUGAUAUUAAAACUGACUUUAGCAGAAUACGUUUCCAAUAAUUAACACUCUACUAAGUAUACGAGAUUUCACCAACAGCUGUAAAUAUCUAAUGAUCUUAGCACAUUUGCUAGAUAUCAUUUUUGUAGAAAUGUUUCCAUGCUUUUUAUGUUUUGUUUAAUAUAUUUGCAGCUGUUUCAACUAUUCGUUUAUUAGUAUGAUUUCAUAUUGUAAGAUAAUCUGUUUGCUAUUAACACAUUUACCAGA